GCGGCCCGUCUGAUGGUCGUGUCGACUGGACGUGGGACUGAAUGUGCUCCGUUGUUUUCACGAAACCUGUGAAAUAAUUCGUUUUCUGGAAGAUUAAAGUCUUUCGCUGUGAUCGUGGGAUGUCGCGUGUUUUCGCUUGUGAAACUAAAGUUUAACGGCGAAGUUUGUGUCCGUUUGUUUGGUUUUACGCGCGUUUGCUUGUGUGAGGCGCAGAAGUUUGUCGAGUUGAGGAAAAGUAAAUAACGCGGUUUGGAGACGCUCGGGUUCAGCUUUGAGAUGAUUUUACAUCGAAAUGAUCAAAUCUGAGCCUUAAAAAACGCAUAAUUGCAGCGUAACACAGAGCAGUUUGAUUAAGAGAGUCUCGUGAAUCCGUUUUCAGUUGUGGAUUGUUGACAGGACUUCAUGAGAGAUGGAAACCUAACUGUAGUGAAACCCAGCGCAGCGUGCGGUCCGUGUGCAGGAAGGACCAUGGCCCUCAGCGAGGGGUUAGCUGACCUUGGGCCCCUCAGCAAUGGUGGAUCCACAACAGUUGUCAGCAACAGAAGUCAUCCUGCCGCAGACCCGGAUCAGGACCAAUCCAAAAGAGAACCCAAUCAGCCCGCCGAACAAACACAGCUAGGGAAUGAUAUGCUCAGAAUGAAUGGCGCUGCUCGUCCAUCUUCGUCUGGUUCUGCCUCCUCAUCCUCAUCACAUGGGACUGAUUCACAGAGGUUGGCUGUGCUCUUGCCCAAUACCCUGUCACCUCCGUGUGUCUGCUGCUCUCGGCACCAGCCAGUGUGCUGUAGCGGGGACCAGCACGGUUGCGCCCUCUUCCCAAACGGCAUGCCCUCCGUGGCGGUUCACGUAGGCUCUUGCAGUGUGCAGGGCGUCCCUUGUUUCUGUAUGCAGCACCAAUGGCAGGAGCAUCUUCAAAACCAGCCCAACAUGGCCACGUUGAGCCCCCCGAGGCCUUUUCGGUGUCCCAGAAGUUAUGCUGAGCUCAUUGCUGAUUGGCCGGUGGUGGUGUUAGGCGUGUGUACCGUGCUCAUCGUGAUUUGUGCUCUGGUCGGUAUUCUCGUACCCGACCUGCCCGACUUCUCAAAUCCGCUGCAGGGAUUUGAACCGAGGGGCACUGCAAUAGGCCAGCGACUCGUCACAUGGAACAACAUGGUGAAAAACACCGGCUACAAGGCAACGCUGGCCAACUACCCCUUUAAAUACGCAGACGAGCAGGCCAAAAGUCACCAAGAUGAUCAUUGGUCAGAAGAUCACUACGAUAGAAAGAAAAGACAAGCGGAGUGGGAUUUCAGUAAAGACAGUUUCUUCUGUGAUGUACCAGGUGACCGCUAUUCCAGAAUCGUUUUUGCAUCUGUAGAAGGAAAGAACUUGUGGAACAUACAAGCAAUCAAAUCCAUGUGCAAUUUUGACAAUACGCGGGUUCGUUCUCAUCCCCAAUACUUGGAUUUGUGCCAGCGCACCACCGCUGCAUCCUGCUGUCCCAGCUGGACACUUGGGAACUACAUUGCCGUUCUCACCAACAAGUCCUCUUGCCAAAAGAUCACAGAGCGAGAUGUUUCCCAUACCCUAAAGAUUCUGCGGUCCUGUGCCAAGUAUUACCAAAAUGGCACCCUUGGACCUGAGUGCUGGGAUAUGAACACACGCAAGAAGGACCUCAAGUGUGGCAACGUUCCUCGGAAAUGUACAAAGUACAAUGCUGUGUAUCAGAUUUUUCACUUUUUGGUGGACAAAGACUUCCUAAAUCCAAAGGCCUCAGACAACCUUUCACCUAACCUCAAAUACAGCAUGUUGUUCUCCCCGACUGAGAAAGGGGAAACGAUGAUGAACAUUUACUUGGACAACUUUGAGAAUUCAAACUCUUCAGAUGGGAUCACAACUAUAACAGGAAUUGAAUUUGGCAUCAAACACAGCUUGUUUCAGGACUACCUACUGACAGAUACCAUGUAUCCCGCCAUAGCUAUUUUGAUAGUGUUAGUGGUCAUGUGUGUCUACACAAGAUCAAUGUUUAUCACGCUUAUGACCAUGUUUGCCAUCAUCAGUUCGCUAAUUGUCUCGUACUUUCUGUACCGUGUGGUCUUCAGCUUUGACUUUUUUCCCUUUAUGAAUCUUACGGCGCUCAUUAUACUGGUGGGAAUUGGUGCCGACGAUGCAUUCGUGCUCUGUGACGUCUGGAACUACACGAAGUUGGACAAGCCCAAUUCUGAACUCUCUGAAACGGUUAGCAUCACACUGCAGCAUGCAGCACUCUCAAUGUUUGUCACCAGCUUCACCACAGCUGCUGCCUUCUAUGCCAACUACGUGAGCAACAUUACUGCCAUUCGCUGCUUUGGCAUUUACGCCGGAACCGCUAUCUUGGUUAACUACAUAUUGAUGGUCACCUGGCUGCCUGCUGUGGUAGUCCUACAUGAACGAUACCUGGUCAACGCAUUUACAUGCUCAAGAUCACAACACAACCAGACAAAUGGAACAGUGAGGGUUUGGACAAGCCUGUGCCAAAUGGUCAACAAGUCUCUUUUUGCCAUUUCUGAGGCCUCAAGGAUUUUUUUUGAAAAAGUAUUGCCUUGGGUCGUGAUUAAAUUGCGCUACUUAUGGCUCUUGUGGUUUGUGGCCAUGACAUUGGGAGGUGCUUAUGUUGUUUGCGUGAACCCCAAGAUGAAACUGCCCUCUCUGGAACUGUCAGAAUUUCAGGUAUUUCGCUCCUCCCAUCCUUUCGAACGCUACGAUGCAGAGUACAAAAAACUCUUCAUGUUCGAACGAGUCAACCACGGGGAAGACCUUCACAUGCCGAUCACCAUCAUUUGGGGAGUUACUCCAAUCGACAGUGGGGAUCCCCUAAACCCCAAAAACAAGGGUAAACUAACGCUUGACACAACCUUCAACAUUGCAAGUCCUGCAAGUCAGGUAUGGAUUCUCAAUUUUUGCCAAAAGCUUAGGAACCAAAGUUUUGUGUUUCAGUCCGAGGAGCAAGAUUUUACUAGCUGCUUCAUGGAGACUUUUAAGCAGUGGAUGGAGAACCAGGACUGUGAAGACGCACCAGUUUAUCCUUGUUGUAGUCAAUCUACGUUCCCUUACAGGCAAGACGUCUUUGAAUUGUGCAUCAAAAGAGCCAUUAUGGAGCUUGACAGAAGCACCAUUUACCACCUUGACAGCAAGACACCAGGGCCACGCUUUGACAUCAAUGACACCAUUCGAGCAAUUGUGCUCGAGUUUCAAAGUACCUACCAUUUCACUCUGGCAUAUGAGAAAAUGCAUCGAUUCUAUAGGGAAGUGGAUUCUUGGAUUCAGGAAGAGCUAAAGGAGGCACCUGAGGGACUUAGCUACGGAUGGUUUGUAAGCAACCUGGAAUUCUAUGACCUACAGGACAGCCUAUCAGAUGGCACCCUAAUUGCUAUGGCACUCUCUGUGGUAGUGGCCUUCAGUGUUAUGCUUCUGACCACUUGGAAUAUCGUCAUCAGCCUCUAUGCCAUUAUCUCAAUUGCAGGAACCAUAUUUGUCACAGUUGGAUCGCUGGUGCUCCUGGGUUGGGAACUGAAUGUGCUUGAAUCGGUGACUAUCUCCGUUGCCGUGGGGCUCUCAGUGGACUUUGCUGUCCAUUAUGGUGUAGCAUAUCGCCUUGCUCCGCAACCAGACAGGGAAGGGAAGGUGAUAUUCUCCUUGAGCAGAAUGGGCUCUGCUAUAGCUAUGGCGGCACUCACGACCUUCGUUGCAGGUGCAAUGAUGAUGCCAUCUACUGUUCUGGCCUACACUCAGCUUGGCACCUUUCUGAUGCUCAUCAUGUGUAUUAGUUGGGCUUUUGCAACUUUUCUCUUUCAAUGCAUGUGUCGCUGCUUGGGACCACAGGGUACCUGUGGACAGAUUCCUUUACCAAAGAAACUCCAGUGUUACGCUUUCGCAGAGCGCACGGCUGAAACUCCAUCUAAUCAGAGCUACGCGAGCAAGUACCCGAUGGAUAAGGCGAGAGGAGAGGUCAGGCACGAACACUAUGAACUUGAGCCCUUGGCGCUAAAUGUCCGAAAUAAGGAAAAGGUCUCCGAUGAGGACCAGCAGGCAUGCACCCAUUUGCACAAUGGGAUCGUUUCUCAUCCCGCUACCUUGUGCACACCUGACCCUCCGUUGCAAAGCAACACUGAAUCAAGAAAACCAAUUCCUGACCUUGAGAAUGGAUUACCAGCAACAGAACUUGCGCAUCUUCAACAGUACGCUUAUGGUGUAAGGUGCACCUGUGAAAACUCUGUGCCUCAGUAUAUAAGAGAGAGACAAAGGACUCAAUAUCAUUCCUGCAGCCAGUCUGGUGAAACCUCAUGCCAUGCUAAACAGUUUGCCUCAAUGACAAAUCAUUUACCUGUGGGGCACAAUGCUCGGUCCACCGCAGAUGCAACGCACGCACCUGCUGGGUGUUAUGUUAACUGUGGCCACAUCCAUCAUUGCACGCAGAACCAAACAACAAAGCCAGCCACACACAGAUGUUUGUCUGGUGGUUACAGCACACAUGCAGUGCACCUUUUGCAUCAGGGACCGCUGUCUGAUACGGCACAAGACGAGUCUUAUAUCAGUGCGUGUGGUCCCAAUUUUUCUCUAACAGAAGGCCUAAACUUUCGAGAUCAAAGUCAAGGUCCAGAUGUUCAGUGCUGUGCAUCACCUGACACGACUACAGUCUGUGCAGUUAACCAUGAUACACGGAACCAAGUGCAAAAUUCCCAGAUCCCUCAAAACAUGACAUGGGACCAUAUAAAGACAAAAGUAAAUGGCACUUGUGUUGUGGUAAAGGACAGUAGAGACCCUAAUGAACCGAUUCCAGUUAUACCAGAAGAAAGUGCCAAAAGCAUUCAGUGUAACAAAGACGAUAAUGAAAGGGUAGAGCCCGCCUCUCCCAAAAAACACAGUUGUUUUAAAAAGACUGUAAAAUCAAAGUGCAAUUCUGUAGAGUUUCACAAGUCAAAAGCCAGCAUGCCUACUAUUGCCAUGAAUUCAAAGGCCUCAUCAGAGAGUGUAUGCUAAUAUUUAAAUCAGUUCACUUUAAUGAAAUAUAAGAGCUGUAUUGAUACUGUAUUGAUUUCUAAAUCUUAUGUUUAUUGACCAACCAUUUAUUACUAGUCACUUAUAUUUGGAAAAUAUGUUUAUAUAAAAGAGACUGACCUGC